AUGAUUCUCCCACGAGCGAGCCAUACAACAUGGGAUGCCCAGGAUCCAAACGACACACCCGAUGAUAUCAACUUCUACACAUGGGGCCUUAAUGGCGUCAAUCAGUGGUGGAACGACGAAUUCAGCAAGGGUUUAUUCACAACAUCAUGCAUUCUUGUGCUAUUCUUCUUCGCUGUAAGAAUAUCUAUGGAUGCCAUGAGGCAUCUAAGACUGCUUGUCCUGAUGUCUACAGACAACAGCCAGAGAAGCCAGAGAUACUGGUCAAGGCCCAGCCCCUUUAGCUGGAAAAUGAAGAAGUACCUCUGGUUUGCACCAAUCUGGAAACACAGACAUAACACAGAAAUUCAACUAAGCAAGGCCAUUACUAUUGGAACUCUCCCUACAAGACUUCACGCUGUUAUCUUGGGUAUCUAUGUCAUUUCCAAUGUGAUCUACUGCACAUUGCUUCUUGACUAUAGUAAGCCAAAGCGUGAACUAGUUGCAGAAUUCCGUGGACGUACUGGCGUUCUAGCAGUCGUCAACAUGGUUCCGCUUUUCUUGCUUGCCGGAAGAAACAACAUUUUGAUUCCACUUCUCAAGAUUUCCUUUGAUACGUACAACAUCAUCCACAGGUGUCUUGGAAGACUUGCAGCUUUGCAAUCUGUUGCUCACACCGCAGCUUGGCUCAUCAACAAAGUUGAUGCCCAAGGCUUCGAGGGUGUGAAGAAGAGCUUGGUUGAGAGUGAGUUCAUUCUUUAUGGAAUGAUCGCCGUCGCCGCUUUUGCGCUGAUAUUCGUGAUUACUCCAUCACCAGUCCGACAUGCUUUCUAUGAAACAUUCCUUGUCCUUCACAUUGGAUUGGCCAUUCUCAUUCUCUAUACCGUCUGGAUGCAUCUAAAGAUCGACAACCUCCCACAACUGCCAUAUAUUAUUUUGGCCAUUGCUUUCUGGUCCCUCGACCGCUUCAUCCGACUUGUUAGAGUUUUCUAUCGCAAUAUCUCUACAAAGAGCAUGACCAAGGUCAAGGUGGAGGCACUCGACGGCGACGCUUGCAGAGUUACUUUUGAACUUGCCCGACCAUGGACCUUCAAACCUGGCCAACAUGUCUACAUCUACUUCCCGACAGUUUCCUACUGGCAAUCACAUCCAUUCUCCCUCGCUUGGAGCUCGAACGUGUCGAAACAGGGUGGUGUUAUUCAGAACAAAUUACACGAGGAAGGUUAUGCAUCGGGCGAUCUCCCUAUUGACGAAAAGAAUGCAACUAUCGGACCUACCACAACACAGAUGUCUCUCCUUGUCGCUCGCCGAGAAGGAAUGACUAAGACACUUUAUGAGAAGGCCAACGCUGCACCAAAUAGGACUAUCACCCUGAGAGGCUUCGUGGAAGGACCAUAUGGAGGAAUGCAUCAACUCGAAUCCUAUGGUACAACACUACUUUUCGCCGGCGGUAUUGGUAUCACACAUCAACUCGGAUACGUACGACAACUUAUCGAAAAAUAUCAGGCAGGCGCUUGUGCAACCCGUAAGAUCACACUUAUCUGGGUCGUCAAAACAACCGACCAAGUUAAAUGGAUCGAACCCUACAUGCGCGAGAUCCUGUCGAUGGACAAGCGACGAGAAGUUCUCAAGGUCCUAGUUUAUAUUACACGGCCCAAGGCAGACAUUACUCAGGUCUCGCCUACUGGCUCUGUGGAAUUGCGACCAGGACGACCAAACUUCGAUCAGAUCAUGGAUACCGAGGUUGCAGAGAGCAUCGGAACCGUUGCUGCAACUGUCUGCGGACCUGGCCCUUUCCAGGACUCUGUCAGAGCUGCCGUUCGCAACCAGCUACACCGAGUAGAGAUGGACUUCUAUGAAGAAUCCUUCACCUGGUAA